AUGGCGGCAGCGCGGGGAGCGCGGGCCAGGGAGCGCGGCGCUGGCUUCGGGCGGGCGGCGGCGGAGCCGGGUCCCGCCGUGCCGCAGGGGCUGCUCCGGGCGGCGCGGAAGAGCGGGCAGUUAAACCUGUCGGGCCGGAGCCUCAGCGAGGUGCCUCAACGUGUGUGGCGGAUCAAUUUGGAUACUCCUGAGGAAGCUCAUCAGAAUCUCUCCUUUGGUGCCGCGGAUCGUUGGUGGGAGCAAAUAGACCUGACCAAGCUGAUACUCGCCUCAAACAAACUGCAGAGUCUUUCGGAGGAUGUCAAACUUCUGCCUGCACUCACUAUUCUGGAUGUGCAUGACAAUCAACUGACAUCGCUGCCUUCUGCUUUAGGACAGUUACAACAUCUUGAGAAGCUUGAUGUCAGCCACAACAAACUGAGAAGUGUCCCGGAAGAGCUGCUGCAGUUGCCGCGUCUGAAGAGCUUUCUCCUCCAUCACAAUGAGCUGAGCAGCUUGCCAGAGGGAUUUGGACAGCUCAUCAGUUUAGAAGAAUUAGAUCUGUCCAACAACCAUCUCACAGACAUUCCAACAAGCUUUGCUUCGUUCGUUAACUUAGUGCGACUCAAUCUGGCUUCCAAUCAACUCAAGAACCUGCCUGCAGCUGUCAGCGCGAUGAAAAGCUUAAGACAACUGGAUUGUACUAAAAACUACCUGGAAACUGUACCUUCUGAAUUAGCAACUAUGGCCUCUUUGGAACAACUUUAUCUGAGGAAAAACAAGUUACGUUCCUUACCGGCUUUUCCCUCCUGCAAAUUACUGAAGGAAUUACAUGCUGGUGAAAAUCAGAUAGAAAUAUUAAGUGCAGAGAAUCUGAAGCACCUGAAUUCCCUCUCUGUGUUGGAGCUUAGAGACAACAAGAUAAAAUCAGUCCCUGAAGAAAUUACUUUGCUUCAGAAGUUGGAGCGACUCGACCUGACCAACAAUGACAUCAGUAGAUUGCCUUAUACAUUGGGGAAUCUUCCUCAGCUGAAGUUCCUGGCAUUAGAGGGAAAUCCUUUGAGAGCCAUUCGAAGAGACCUUCUGCAAAAAGGCACACAGGAAUUUCUGAAAUACCUGAGAAGCAAGAUCCAAGAUGACAUAACUGGCCCGAAUGAGGAGCCUCCUGUGACAGCCAUGACUCUUCCAAGUGAGUCAAGGAUCAACAUGCACGCCAUAACUUCACUGAAGCUGUUGGAAUAUAGUGAGAAGCAGGCAAUGGCCAUUCCUGAUGAGAUGUUCACUGCAGUCAGAAGCCAUCCCGUCACCACUGUCAACUUCAGCAAAAACCAGCUGAAGGAGAUUCCUCCAAGGAUUGUGGAGCUGAAAGACUCAGUGUGUGAUGUCAACCUUGGCUUCAACAAAAUCUCCUCCGUUUCCUCGGAGCUUUGCCUUCUCCAUAAAUUGACACAUUUGGAUGUCAGAAAUAAUCUUUUGACAUCUUUACCUGAGGAAAUGGAGGCACUGACACGGCUGCAGGUCAUAAACCUUUCCUUUAAUAGGUUUAAGGUGUUUCCCACUGUCCUGUAUCAGCUCCUGGCGCUGGAGACUGUCCUGCUCAGCAACAAUCAGGUCGGGUCCAUCGACCCUCUGCAGCUGAGGAAGAUGGAGAAGCUGGGAACCCUGGACCUCCAGAACAACGACCUCCUGCACGUGCCACCCGAGCUGGGCAACUGUGAAAACCUGAGGACCCUGCUGCUGGAGGGAAACCCGUUCCGCACGCCGCGGGCAGCGGUGCUGGCGCGAGGCACGGCCGCGGUGCUGGAGUACCUGCGGAGCCGCAUCCCCGCCUGAGCACAGCACGGCCCUGCUGCCUUCCUCCUCCUCCCCUGCCCUCCUCCUCCUCCUCCCCACCAGGCCCGGUGGGGCCCUAAGCGUUGUGCCACAGUUUGUACCUCACGCAUGUUAAUGGAACUCGCCCAUGGAGCGCUUUCCCCUCGAGGCUGCUUGUUCCCAGAGCGUGUUCCAGCACCCCUCUGUACCUCACCCUUCCUGCAGGAGGGCUGCUGCUGGCUGCUGCUGGCCCAGGCAUGGGGCUUCCACACCGA